GCCAUGGUCUCUACAGUAUCCACGAUAGCCUUCGGCGACGCGCGCUCCAGCGUCCAAGCUCACACCAUCAACGGCUCUGUUGAGUUCCAUCUCCAACCUGAGCUCGAGAACAGCCUCGUUGGUCUACCGCGCGCCGAAGACGCGCCCUUCAACUCGUACGUAAAGCAGCACGAGCCUGCAUGCCUCCCUAACACGCGUAUCGACCUCCUCCGCGAGAUAUACAGCUGGGCGGAUGGGUCAGAUGAGCGAUGCAUCUUCUGGCUGAGCGGGCUGGCGGGCACGGGCAAGUCGACCAUCGCCCGGACCGUCGCGCGCAGCUACUUCGAUGAGCGACGUCUCGCAGCAAGCUUCUUCUUUUCGCGCGGCGGUGGCGACGUUGGCCACGCCGGCAGGUUUGUGACAAGCAUCGCGGUGCAGCUUGCGCACAGUGUGCCAGCAGCGCGACAGCACAUCUGCGACGCUGUUGCAGAGCGCAGCGACAUCGUCGGCCAGUCGCUGCGCGAUCAGUGGCAGCACCUGGUCUACCGCCCGCUGUCGAAGCUGCGCGAGCCCGGGCCAUAUGUUGUGGUUGUCGACGCGCUCGACGAGUGCGACAGCGACAGCAACAUCCGCAUCAUCGUGCAGCUGCUGGCCGAGGCGCGGUCGUUGACAGGCGUCCGGCUGCGGGUGUUGCUAACCAGCAGACCAGAAGAGCCGAUCCGGCACGGGUUCGGGCAGAUGGCGGACGCGGAGCACAAGAAUGUCGUGUUGCAUAACAUCUCACCGUCGAUCGUAGAUCACGACAUAGGCCUUUUCCUGGAAGACAAGCUUCAGUCCAUUGGGCGAGAACGCUGUCUACGUGCUGGCUGGCCCGGCGCAGAGACCAUUAUACAGCUAGUGCAGAGCGCAAGCGGUCUGUUCAUCUGGGCUGCCACUGCCUGUCGCUUCAUCCGCGAAGGAAAGCGCUUUGCAGCUAAGAGGCUAGAGACGAUCCUGUGUAAUGAUGGCAACACUGUUGCUGCUCCAGAGAAGCAUCUCAACCAGAUUUAUGUUACUGUGCUCAACAGCUCACUCUCUGCAGACUUCACGGACGAGGAGAGAGGAGAGCAUUGUAGAAUGCUGAGAUACAUUGUUGGAAGUGUAGUAGUGUUGUUCUCCCCUUUAUCUGCGUGGUGUUUGAGUGCACUGCUCCACGUCGCAUAUGAAGACGUUAGCCAGACACUCGAAGAUCUGCAUGCUAUUCUUAACAUCCCAGAAGACACAACCCAGCCGCUUCGACUGCACCACCCUUCGUUUCGCGACUUUCUGCUUGAUAAAAAGAGAUGCGGCGACGACAGCUUCUGGGUAGAUGAGAGAAGCACACACGGGAAGCUGGCGUCCCGCUGUCUUGAGCUUAUGUCUGCGCCUAAUGGCCUUCGACAAGAUAUGUGUAGUCUUUUGGAGCCAGGGACACUAAGAAGCAAGGUUGAAGAGGAGAGAGUAACGAGUAACCUGCCGCCAGAACUGCAGUAUGCAUGCCGCUACUGGGUAGAGCACCUCAAGCGCAGCCAGUGCAGCAUCGCCGAUGGAGAUGCAGUGCACAUCUUUCUUCGGAUGCACCUUCUGCACUGGCUCGAAGCGAUGAGCCUGGUGGGAGAGACAGGCCAGUGCGUGCACUUGCUGGCAAGACUGCAGGCGAUAACACCGCCAUCUGCAAGCAUGUGUGCAGGCUUCCUCCGCGAUGCCAACCGAUUUGUGCUGCGGUUCUGUUCAGUUGUAGCAGAGGCACCCCUGCAGGUGUAUUCGUCAGCGCUUGUUUUUGCACCAGAAACAAGCGUUGUACGGCAGACAUUUGUCGAUCAGGUCCCUCAGGAAGUGGAGAUACUGUCAGGCAAAGAAGCAGAUUGGGACGCAUGCCGCAGCGUGUUGGAGGGCCAUUUAGACCUUGUUACGGCAGUGGUGUUCUCGCCAGACGGACAGCUGGUCGCCUCAGCAUCCUGCGACAAGACAGUGCGAGUGUGGGAGACGGCGACGGGCACGUGUCGCAGCGAGCUGAAGGGCCAUUCACGCGAGGUCAAUGCGGUGGUGUUCUCGCAAGACGGGCAGCUGCUGAAGGGCCAUUCACGCGUUGUCAGGGCGGUGGUGUUCUCGCCAGACGGGCAGCUGGUCGCCUCAGCAUCUUUCGAUAGCACAGUGCGAGUGUGGGAGUCGGCGACGGGCACAUCUCGCAGCGAGCUGAAGGGCCAUUCACGCGAGGUCAAUGCGGUGGUGUUCUCGCGAGACGGACAGCUGAUCGCCUCAGCGUCCUACGACAGCACAGUACGAGUGUGGGAGACGGCGACGGGCACGUGUUGCAGCGUGCUGGAAGUCUCAUCUUCAUACAUCGACCAUCUCGCUUUCUCGUCAGAUGGUCAGGUUCUGCACACUAACAAAGAAGACAUUCCGCUGCCUCCAUCCCUACAUCUAACGCCACAUGCUCAGCAGCACAAGCAACCUUCACAGCUUUCAGUAGAGGACCAGUGGGUGUCCUGCAACAUGAAGCUCUUUCUGUGGCUGCCGUUUGAGUAUCGCCCAUACCACACAGCAGUAUGCAAUGACUUGGUCUGUCUUGGAUGUCCGUCUGGGCGCGUGGUUCUGCUUAGGCUGCGGCAAGGCUGUGUGCAGGAGCAUUGCAGUCAAUCACAGUAG